UGCCGGCUCCGGCAGAGGCGGGGAUGAGGCGUCGGGCGGCGGCCGGAGAACGGGACCCCCCCAGGCAGCGCCGGUGCCCUCGGUCACUGGGGAGAGGCGGCGGCGGCGAGGAACGACGUCGCUCCCAGCCCCAGCUCCGCCUGGCUCGGGAGGGGGAGCCGCGGAGGAGACUGGGAGAGGGGCGGGUCCGGCUGGAGCGGCGGGGCCGGGACGGGAGCGGCUGCCCCGGAGCUCCGAGCGGCCGCGGGGCGAAGGUGUCGCGCCCGGAGCGGCCCCGCGGCCGCCGCCUUGUUUGUUACUCAUUAACGAGGCGACGGCGAGGCCCCGGGGCUCCGUGUCCGGCCGGCUGCGAGGCCUCCCCGCCGCCCCAGCUCGCUGAGUCACGGCCGGGAGCGGCGGGGACCCGGCUCGCCCCCACCUCAGCGAGCACCGCGCGGACACAGAGACGUAAACAACGAUUUUUAUAUUGUUUACAUCACAGCUCUGUAUGCAAAUCACAAAUUGAGAUGUUAGGAAAGGCUGGGAUGGCGAAGACUGUCGGAUUUUGUUUUACUAACACUGCCACUGCCCUGACAAAUUUACUUCUCUUCUGUGGAUUACGCUGCUGCCUAACUGAGAAAAAAAAACUACCUGAAACUAAAACAACAUUGAAUUUGAUUUCUAAUUCAGCUGUGGUUUUUCACUGA